AUGGCCGCUCAAUCAACGCUUCGACAGAAGCAAGAUCCUCUCCUGACUCUAUAUAUCUAUUACACCAAUCUGCUCCGGGGCAAAUUCAGACGUUCGUCAAAGACUGCUAAAAUCCUCGCGAUAAUUGCCCUUCUCCUUUCGAUCGUCGGAACUGGCUAUGGAGGCUAUAACUGGUUCCGAGAAAGAGCAAACGAGCGCGCUCGAGGGAAACGGUUACUGCGGCGUAACUCUGGAAUAAGGGGGAAGGAUGGUUCUCGCACGAUAUAUGUACCAUACAAGGACUCUUUGACCUCCAAGGUCAAAAUAUACCCCACGAAACCUACAACUUUCGACGCACACCGAAGGCUGUUUUUGAACCCGCCAGCAUCCGCUCGGACGGGCGAUGAAGAUUCAUUGGGCCGAAUACCACCACCAACCACGAAGCCCGGCUUGAACCUCGCUUUCCUUCACCAAUUUUUGAGUCUUGGGAGUAUUAUGGUGCCGCGAUGGAAUAGCAAAGAGACGGGGCUCCUAAUGAGCCACGGGGUCUUCUUGCUUCUACGUACCUACUUGUCACUGUUGAUCGCACGGCUUGAUGGUGAAAUUGUCAGGGAUCUUGUCGCGGGGAAAGGGCGGGCCUUUACCUGGGGUAUUGUCAAAUGGUGCGGCAUAGGCACGCUCGCCUCAUACACCAAUGCUAUGAUCAAGUUUCUUCAGUCAAAGGUGUCCAUCGCGUUUCGAACUCGCCUCACGAGAUAUAUUCACGAUCUUUACCUGACUGCUGACAAUAACUACUAUAAGCUGAUGAACCUUGACGGUAGCAUCGGCCAAGGCCCUGAUCAAUUUAUCACUCAGGAUCUCACUUUGUUUUGCUCAGCUGCAGCCGCACUCUACUCUUCUAUGGGGAAGCCUUUAGUGGAUCUUUUCGUUUUCAACUACCAACUCUACCGCUCGUUGGGGCCAUUAGCCCUUAGUGGAAUUCUCACUGGAUACUUUAGCACCGCUGUUGUCCUGCGUAAACUUUCGCCACCGUUUGGAAAAUUGAAAGCUGUGGAGGGCAAGAAAGAAGGUGAUUUUAGGGGCUUGCAUUCAAGAUUGCUCGCAAAUGCGGAGGAAAUAUCGUUCUAUGGUGGUGCCGAUAUCGAGCGUGUAUUCCUUGCCAGAAGCUUUAAGGACCUUCAGCGAUGGAUGGAAGGGAUCUACAGUUUAAAGAUCCGCUAUAACAUGCUUGAAGAUGUGAUUCUCAAAUACUCCUGGUCCGCAUUUGGGUAUUUGAUUACCUCUUUACCGGUUUUCCUUCCUGCAUGGGGCGGUCUAGGCGGCGCCAUGGAGCUGGCAGACACAUCUGAAGUCAGUGGCCGGGAACGCGGUCGUAUGAAGGAGUUCAUCACAAACAAGCGAUUGAUGUUGUCUCUUGCUGACGCCGGGGGUCGGAUGAUGUACAGCAUCAAAGACAUCUCUGAACUGGCUGGCUACACCUCGCGGGUGUAUAGUCUCGUUUCCGCCCUUCACAGGGUACAUGCAAAUGCCUAUUACCCACCACAUGACGCUGGCUCAGAGCUAUAUUCACUAGAGGAUGUCCAGGGAACGAUUCACAUUGGUUUUGAUGGGGUACGCUUUGAACAGGUUCCUGUCGUUGCGCCGUCUCUUUAUCCCCGAGGUGGAGACGAACUUCUCGAGUCGCUCUCGUUCGUUGUACAUUCGGGCGAUCACCUCCUCAUUUCCGGUCCUAAUGGAGUUGGCAAAUCUGCCAUCGCGCGUAUUGUGGCUGGUCUAUGGCCUGUUUACCGUGGUCUUGUCAGCCGUCCGAGAGGGUUCGGGCUCGACGGCAUCAUGUUCCUCCCUCAGCGACCAUACCUGAGUGUCGGAACCCUUCGAGACCAGGUAAUAUAUCCUCACACUGAAAUCGACAUGCGAGAUGCAGGUGUCUCAGAAUCAGCCCUCCAGAAAAUCCUCGAUGAUGCCCACCUUGGCUACCUCCCUUCUCGCGAAGGCGGGUGGGACUCACGCAAAGAGUGGAAGGACGUUCUGAGCGGUGGCGAAAAGCAGCGAAUGGCCAUGGCGCGGCUUUUCUACCAUGAACCUCGCUAUGCCUUCCUCGACGAAGGAACAUCUGCCGUCUCCUCCGACGUGGAAGGACUACUAUACGAACAAGCUAAAGAACGAGGGAUUACGCUUAUCACCAUCUCUACGCGCGCCUCGCUGAAAAAGUAUCACACCUUCAAUCUUACUGUUGGUGUGGGCUCCGAGGGGGAGCAAUGGCAAUUUGAAAGGAUCGGAACCGCCAAGGAGAAACUCGGUGUAGAGAAGGAACUUGAGGAGAUUCGCAAGCGUCUCAGCAAAGUUGACGAAUGGAAGAAACGACGGCAGGAGAUUGAAGACGAGCUCCAAAAGGUCUGGGUCGAUCAUGGAGAGCUUGCACCGUCUUCAUAUGAAGAGGAUUUCAAAGCGGCAGAGGAUGAGGUUGAAGUAGCUGGUAACUAGGACGUAUCUGAAUGGAAUUUUAUAGGAAGUAUAUGCCAUGAAAUCUAGC